AUGCCCCAUGGGUGUAAUAAUAGCGAAGACUUUCAUAUUAAGGAAAAGCAUAUUUUUGCCAUUCGUGUUUCCCUUGCUUUGCAUCCUGAACGUGUGUUGGUGGCAACAGGCCAAGUUGGAAAAGAACCAUACAUCUGCGUGUGGGACUCAUACACUGUGCAAACUGUUUCCGUUCUGAAAGAUGUUCACACACAUGGUAUAGCUUGCUUGGCUUUUGAUUUAGAUGGUCAGCGUUUGGUCUCAGUUGGUUUGGAUUCGAAAAACACAGUUUGUGUAUGGGACUGGAGAAAAGGAAAAUUGUUAUCAGUGGCUCCUGGUCAUACAGACAGAAUAUUUGAUAUUUCUUGGGAUUUGUACCAGCCAAACAAGCUCGUCAGCUGCGGCGUAAAACACAUCAAGUUCUGGAGCUUGUGUGGCAAUUCAUUGACACCAAAACGUGGUGUUUUUGGCAAAACUGGUGAUCUCCAAACUAUAUUGUGCCUAGCCUGUGCAAGGGAUGAAGUGACGUAUUCUGGUGCACUGAAUGGAGAUAUAUAUGUAUGGAAAGGAAUCAACCUUGUACGGACAAUACAGGGAGCACAUGCUGCAGGAAUUUUCAGCAUGAAUGCAUGCGAAGAGGGAUUUGCCACUGGUGGUAGGGAUGGCUGUGUUCGCUUGUGGGACUUAAAUUUUAAACCAAUUACUGUGAUUGAUCUCAGGGAAACAGACCAGGGAUAUAAAGGUCUGUCUGUAAGAAGUGUUUGCUGGAGAGGAGACCAUAUACUCGUUGGGACACAAGACAGUGAAAUUUUUGAAAUUGUGGUGCAUGAGCGUAAUAAGCCUUUCCUGAUAAUGCAGGGGCACUGUGAAGGAGAGCUGUGGGCUUUGGCUGUCCAUCCUACAAAACCGCUAGCAAUGACUGGAAGCGAUGAUCGAUCAGUCAGAAUUUGGAGUUUAAUAGACCAUGCUCUGAUUGCCCGGUGCAACAUGGAGGAACCCAUUCGCUGUGCUGCAGUUAGUACUGAUGGAAUCCAUCUCGCUCUUGGAAUGAAGGAUGGCUCUUUCACUGUGCUUCGAGUCAGAGAUAUGACUGAGGUUGUUCAUAUCAAAGACAGGAAAGAAGCUAUUCAUGAACUGAAAUAUUCACCAGAUGGGAAUUUCCUAGCUGUUGGUUCCAAUGACAGCUCUGUGGAUAUCUAUGGUGUUGUUCAGCGAUACAAGAAAGUUGGGGAAUGUAUUGGAUCUUUAAGUUUCAUCACCCAUAUGGAUUGGUCUUCGGACAGUAAAUACUUACAGACCAAUGAUGGCAAUGGGAAGAGACUUUUUUACAGAAUGCCAAGUGGAAAAGAAGUAACAAACAAGGAGGAAUUAAAAGGCGUUCAGUGGGCAUCAUGGACCUGUGUCUCUGGCCUUGAAGUUAAUGGAAUCUGGCCCAAAUAUUCAGAUAUAAAUGAUAUAAAUUCCGUGGAUGCAAAUUUUAUUGGGCAAGUUAUGGUUACAGCUGAUGAUUAUGGAAUAGUAAAGCUCUUUCGAUACCCAUGUCUAAGAAAAGGAGCAAAGUUUAAAAAAUACCUUGGUCAUUCUGCUCACGUGACAAAUGUCAGAUGGUCACACGAUCACCAGUGGGUUGUUUCCAUUGGGGGAGCUGAUCAUUCUGUCUUUCAGUGGAAAUUUGUCCCUGACCGGAAAUUGAAGGAUUCACUUCAUAUAGCACCCCAAGAAAGUCUGGUUGAUUCUAAUAGUGAUGAAUCAGAUUCAGAUCAAUCUGAUGUUCCAGAGCUGGACUCUGAAAUUGAGCAAGAGACACAGAUCACCUAUCGUCGACAGGUUUACAAAGAAGAUCUACCUCAACUUAAAGAGCAAUGCAAAGAAAAAAGAAAAAGUGCAGCUUCUAAGAGACGAGAGCGAGCUCCAGGGAACAGUAUAAGAUUGCAUUUUGUUCAUGGUUACAGAGGUUACGACUGUCGAAGCAAUUUAUUUUACACUCAGACGGGUGAAAUUGUAUACCAUGUUGCAGCAGUGGGAGUGGUGUACAAUCGACAGCAGAACACACAGCGCUUUUAUCUAGGUCAUGAUGAUGACAUUCUUUGCCUUGCUAUUCAUCCCUUAAAGGACUAUGUGGCAACAGGCCAGGUUGGUCGAGAUUCCUCGAUACACAUUUGGGACACAGAAACAAUAAAACCACUCUCAGUAUUAAAGGGCUAUCACCAGUAUGGUGUUUGUGCUGUUGAUUUUUCAGCGGAUGGGAAACGAUUGGCUUCUGUUGGGAUCGAUGACAACCACACUAUUGUACUCUGGGAUUGGAAGAAAGGAGAAAAGCUUUCAGCAGUAAGGGGAAGCAAAGACAAGAUUUUUGUUGUUAAGAUUAAUCCUUAUAUGCCUGAUAAAUUGAUUACAGUUGGAAUUAAACACAUGAAAUUCUGGCGUAGAGCAGGUGGAGGACUCAUUGGGAGAAAGGGCUCCGUAGGUGCAUUGGGAAGAACAGAUACAAUGAUGUGUGCAGUAUAUGGCUGGACUGAAGAGAUGGUGUUCUCUGGAACUUCCACAGGGGAUGUGUGUAUUUGGAGAGAUGUGUUUCUCAUAAAAACUGUCAAAGCACAUGAUGGUCCUGUGUUCAGCAUGCACGCAUUGGAAAAAGGAUUUGUCACUGGAGGAAAGGAUGGAGUAGUAGCUCUCUGGGAUGAUACCUUUGAACGUUGUCUCAAAACCUAUGCCAUCAAAAGGGCUGCUUUGGCCCCUGGGUCUAAAGGUCUCCUCUUAGAAGAUAAUCCUUCUAUACGUGCCAUAUCUUUAGGACAUGGUCAUAUUUUAGUGGGCACAAAGAAUGGUGAAAUAUUGGAGGUGGAUAAAAGUGGACCAAUAACUCUGCUGGUUCAGGGUCACAUGGAGGGGGAAGUUUGGGGUCUAGCUACUCAUCCUCAUUUACCUAUUUGUGCCACUGUAAGUGAUGACAAAACCUUAAGAAUAUGGGAUUUAUCUCCUAGCCAUUGUAUGUUAGCUGUUCGCAAAUUGAAGAAGGGAGGUAGAUGUUGCUGCUUUUCUCCUGAUGGAAAAGCGUUAGCUGUUGGUCUCAAUGAUGGAAGUUUUUUGAUAGUUAAUGCAGAUACCCUGGAGGAUCUAGUCUCUUUCCAGCACAGGAAAGAUGUUAUUUCAGAGAUCCGUUUUUCUCCUGGGGCUGGAAAGUACUUAGCUGUGGCAUCCUGUGACAACUUUGUAGAUAUUUACAAUGUAAUGAGCAGUAAACGAGUAGGAAUCUGCAAGGGAGCCUCCAGCUAUAUCACGCACAUGGACUGGGACGUGAGAGGGAAGCUCUUGCAAGUCAACACUGGUGCUAAAGAGCAGUUGUUUUUUGAAGCUCCUCGUGGGAAAAAACAGACAAUUCCUAGUUUGGAGGUAGAAAAGAUUGGCUGGGCAUCAUGGACAAGUGUUUUGGGCUCUUGCUGUGAAGGAAUCUGGCCAAUAAUUGGUGAAGUCACAGAUGUAACUUCUUCAUGCCUCACUAGUGAUAGUAAAGUAUUAGCCACAGGAGAUGAUUUUGGAUUUGUGAAACUGUUUCGAUACCCUGCUAAAGGAAAGUUUGGGAAAUUUAAGAGGUAUGUUGCUCACAGUACCCAUGUAACGAAUGUCCGUUGGACCUAUGACGACAGUUUGUUGGUGACUGUUGGAGGAGCAGACACCUCUUUAAUGCUGUGGACUUAUGAGAUGGAAGGACAUCGGGACAGCAGGCAGUGUGACAGUGAAGAGUCUGAUCUAGAUUCUGAAGAAGAUGGAGGUUAUGACAGUGAUGUGACAAGGGAAAAUGAAAUUAAUUACACCAUCAAAGCCUUAUCAACAAACAUUAGACCAAUGUUUGGAAUUAAGCCUCAUCUGCAACAAAAGGAGCCAACCUUAGAUGAAAGGUAAUUGCUCAAUUACAAUUCUAGCCAA